CAGUUGCAGCACGCUCUGGCGUUAGGUGGGCGAAGCACAGCUGAAUGAUAUUAGUUCGCUGCCGACAGUCCUGCUGUGUAGUGCGGUGUCUGCGGACUGUGGAGGUUCACGUUAGGUUGUGACAAUUUUCCGCCGGUCAAUCAUGAGACGCAACGUGAAACUGUUGUUACUCUUCUCCGUCGCCUGGAUGUUCGUCAUCGUCUACUACGUUCAGGUCUCCAGGGAAGAAAAGGUGGCAGCCCGGCGGACAUUAAAGCAGCAGCUGCCGGAGGAGAACCGCGCGCUGCGACUCAAGGACGGCGGCACGGUGGCGGUGGCGCCACAGGCGGCGGCGGCGGCGGCGGUGGCGGCGGCGGCGGCCGCUGCGGCUGCGGCGGCGGCAGCGGCGGCGGCCAGCACACGUGCGGCGCCCACGGACUCGCGGCUGGCCUGGGGCUACUUCGACGAGCGCGCCUACGUCCAGAAGGGCGCCCUGCGGCCCGGCGAGGACCCCUACGCCCGCAACAGGUUCAACCAGCAGGCCAGCGACCGCCUGCCCAGCAACCGCGACAUCCCCGACGAGCGGAGCCCUCAGUGCCGGAUGCGCAAGUGGCGGGAAGACCUGCCGCCCACGAGCGUCAUAAUUACCUAUCACAACGAAGCUCGCUCCACACUGCUGCGUACCGUCGUCAGUGUCCUGAAUCGGAGUCCAGAACACCUUAUCAAGGAAAUCAUCCUUGUCGACGACUUCAGCGACAAUCCCGCCGAUGGAGAGGAGCUGGCUAAAAUACAGAAGGUGCGCGUACUCAGGAAUGAAAAACGCGAAGGCCUGAUGCGGUCGCGGGUUCGCGGCGCAGACGCGGCCACGGCGCCGGUGCUCACCUUCCUGGACAGCCACUGCGAGUGCAACGUCGACUGGCUGCAGCCACUGCUGGAGAGGGUCGCGGAGGACAAGACUCGAGUGGUGUGCCCAGUGAUCGACGUGAUCAGCAUGGACACUUUCGAGUACAUCGGCGCGUCCGCCGACCUACGCGGCGGCUUCGACUGGAACCUGGUCUUCAAGUGGGAGUACCUCAGCGCCGAGGAGCGGGCUGCGCGCAAGAAGGACCCCACAGCCCCCAUACGGACUCCUAUGAUUGCCGGAGGUCUGUUCGUCAUCGACAAAGCCUACUUUGAGAAGCUGGGCAAGUACGACAUGAUGAUGGACGUGUGGGGCGGCGAAAACCUCGAGAUCUCGUUCCGCGUGUGGCAGUGCGGCGGCAGCCUGGAGAUCAUCCCGUGCAGCCGCGUGGGCCACGUCUUCCGCAAGCGCCACCCCUACAGCUUCCCCGGCGGCAGCGGCAACGUCUUCGCCAGGAACACGCGGCGCGCCGCCGAGGUCUGGAUGGACGAGUUUAAGGAGUACUACUACAGCGCCGUGCCGCUUGCCAAGAACAUCCCCUACGGAAACGUGGACGACCGGCUGGAGCUGCGGCAGCGCCUGCAGUGCCGGCCCUUCAAGUGGUACCUGCAACACGUGUACCCGCAGCUGCGCCUGCCCGGCUCCUCGCCAGCGUCGCGCAGCAGCCUGCAGCAGGGCGCCCUCUGCCUCGACACGCUGGGCCACGUGCUCGACGACGGCGCUGGCCUCUACGCCUGCCACAACUCGGGCGGCAACCAGGAGUGGUCGUUGACGAACGAGGGCUACCUCAAACACUACGACGUGUGCCUCACGCUGUCGGACUACAAGCGAGGCGCGCCGCUGCUCAUGAAGGUGUGCGACGACCUAGACACACAGCGUUGGCACCAGGUGGACAACCCGGGACUGAUCAAGCACGCGCGCCUCAGCCUGUGCCUGGACUCGAGGGACCACGCAUCCCGCGGUCUCACCGUCGAACGCUGCGACUCCCGUGCACCCUCGCAGCAGUGGCGGCUCUCUGUCAAGAGGCUGUGAUGACGGCCACCCCCGGGGGUCGCCAGGGGCCCACUGCGACUCGCCGACUACCAGGAGGACGCUGUUGCUGCCUCCAUCGCCCCCACUGCCUCUGUGACUGGCAGCUCCAACCUGUCGUCAUCAUCCUACCGUGCAGACACCACCAUUGGGGGGAACUCGUCCACCGCAGGCCAGUGAUGCUCUCGCGCCAGUGGGGAGACGUGUCAUGUGUGCGUGACUCUUCCCGUUGCUCACGGACCAGCACACAGCACUUUUCAUUGCUGCAAAAUAAGCUCCACGUCUCCAAUUACCAGUGAUGGGUCUGGUGUUCAGUGACUCUGACAGCGAUCUCUGUUGCAACUCACGUUUUAUGAGGUUGCAGGAGGAACACUAUCACUGGACACUUUAGUGGAAGGACAGUUGGGCUUUUUAUGACAUAAUGUGUAUGUGAAUGAGGGGAAAAUGUGCGUGGCAGUGCCGCAGAAAUGUAUUUGUGUGUGGAACACAGAAAGCAUGAAGUGUGUUUUGCAUUUGCUCCAUACCUGCUUCAGCAGCAAAAUGAACGCAAUAAAGGUGGUCACUGAACUGAAGAUGUACAGGGUCAAGGUGGAAAAGCUAGCUGCGGCAUUCGAUGCUGGAAUGUUUUUUAAGGAAUUGCUCCUCCAUUUUUAAAUAAGCAUAUUACUUCAUACUUGUAGUUUACUAUCCACUACACUGGACUAGUCCUGUACUUUCAGUGAGGGCUCAUGCUUUUUAUAUUGUGUCCACUACAGUCUUGUCUUCCAGAUUGAAUACACCAGAAAUUUUCUAGUGGCUGCAGUGCUCUCUGUACAUGUAUACUACAACUUUACCCCAGUGCAUGCACACACUAUGUUCUGAAUCUCUCAUUUAUGUGAGUCUGUUAAGAAAGUGAACUGAUUCUUUUACUGGUACUGGCCUUGUGAUGGAUUAACAGUGACUUCAGUGCACUAUGGAGUGCCAUAUUUGUGCACAGGAGUUUCACCUAAGUGACUGUAAAAUGUAAAGCACUUUUAAGAUAUUGUAACAAAAUUUUAACACCUUUAUAUUUUCAUCCAUCAGUGCGUCUAGCACAGAUCAAUAAAUACUUCAAAAUAUGCUAAAUUUUGAGAGCCUUCCUUGCUGAAAAAAUUAGAUUUACUUGUAGUGCCUUUCAAACGAUCUUGUGUGAGGGGAAAGCUGUGAUAAUUUUUUUUUUUUUAUCUUUCAGUGGCCUAGUUUUGAUAGUUACUAUUUUCACAGUUACUAAAUUGUUUUAAAUGUUGCUGCUAUGGUGUCAUGUUUGUUCAUCCUGUGCUGUAUUUAAUAGAACUCUGCAUCUACCAAGAAAGAUUUAACUGUUGUAAUUCUUUUACACAUUUUUUCAAUGCAGUUCACCUUGGAUUUCCUUACUCAGGGGAGAAAUCUCUUUUGGUAGUGUAACACAAGUUUUGUUUCCAUGUAGUAAUGAAAAACUUCCUUACUUUGCUAUAUAAAUUGAUGCAUUAAUUUCAGAACAUAUGUUUUGGAUAUAUCAAAAAUUAUAGUAUUAAACCACAGUCAUGUAAUCAACUAACCAUUUUCAUCAAUAUUGCCAACUUUAUUCCAGUCAAUAGACACAUACAAUAGUCAACAGAUAUAUUGUUCAUGAUGCAUGACUAAAACACAACAGCAUGCAGAAAUUUUCGUAAGUCCAUAUUGCAGUUAUGAAAAUGGUUGAAAAACGAAAUUUAGUUUGUAAAGGAUCAUUAUUUGCAGCAUACAUAUUACUUAUGGAAUGAAUUUCGUAUUGACCACUUCAUGUUAUUAGUUUAUUGUAUGAUUGUAUGAAGUUGUACUAUAAUGGCACAAAGGAAUUAGAGAUGUGGUACAGUGAGCUGUAUUAGACUUUUGUGGCAGUAUUAUAGGUAUGGUUUGAGUCAUAUGGUUUGAGUCACAUGUACACACACACGUGUGUGUGUGUGUGUGUGUGUGUGUGUGUGUGUGUGUGUGUGUGUGUGUGUGUGUGUGUGUGUGUGAGGGGGGGGGGGGGAGAGAGAGAGAGAGAGAGAGAGAGAGAGAGAGAGCAUAGUAAAGUUGUUUGUUUUAAUUUCAAUAAUUAUUGAAGCUGUUCUAGGACAAUAUUUGGUAUGUGUUGUGAGAGUUAACCUUAUACUAAAAUUCAUAAGUUCCAGUGACAACACUAACACUCUUUUUUAAUUAUAUAUUCAGAUUGAAAGCAGUUAAAUGGAAAUUUUUAUCAGUUGUGCUACCAUUAGUCUAAAAAUAUACUGGUGUAAGUUAUGCUUUAUUGACAUAACUGAUGCCAGAAAGCGACUACAUAACUUUGUUUAUCCAUGAAUUUGUGGAGUGUAAUGCAAAAACUGUAAACAAAUGAUAUGAAAUCAGUUACAACAAAAUAGAUGACAUAAUACUUUGUAGAAUUUAGAAAAAUAAUUCACAUUUGAAAAAAGUACAUCCUCAAUCUUCCCUUGGUAUGCCUGAUAUUUAUCAGCAUCUGUAUAUAUAUAAAACAAAAUGGAAAAUCAUGAUCUUCUUCAGUAUAUUAAACAAAAUUUGGAAGUAUCAAUUUCAUAAUACUCAUGUUAUCGCUACUGGUCUUUUUUGUGGCUUUCUUCAGAUCUUCACAUUUGUACUCAUCGCAAAAUUUGAUAACAGUGAUGUAUAUCUUUAUAGUUAGAGUUAAUCCUCACAGGAGAUUUUUGUAAUAUACAUUGCUAUUGGUCAACAUUUGACUAUUAGACUUACUCUUAAUUUUUAAUGUAAAUACUCAAUAAUUGAGUGGUUUGUCUUUAGUAAUGUUUCGACCUAAGAAGUUCAUUUAAAUUGUAAUCCAAUGAUGUUUGAAACUAAGUGUAUCAUAGACAAUUUUAUUAUUUCAUUGAUAUGGUAAUCAACUUGACAACAAUCAGCAUUGUUGUAAACAUAAGAUGUCCUAUUUUUAAAUGAUUGUGUUAAAAUGCCUUUAUAUUCUUGUUUGAGCUAAGAAUGGAGAUUAAUAAUGUUGAAAUUUAAUAAGGUUGUGUGAAAAAUCUUCCUAUAACGAGAAUGAAUGAGCAGCAGUUGUUGAAUUUGAUUUCCUUUCCAGGAAGCCUUGAUAUCAAGUAAUUUUAUGUCAAAAAUGGAAUAUUUUAAAAUAUAGAAAUAUGUAGUGUCAGGAAUAAAGUCCUGUGAACCUGUGAAUACUGGAAUAAAUACGUUUAAAUAA